AUGUUUAAUGGAAGUUGUUUUCAUAUUAACUCAAAUCGUAAUCCUACACUCCGUCGUGAUAGUCCCAGCGUUCUCUACACCCUUGGAGAUGCUGUCGAGUCCGCCCUGAACGCCAGUUCCCAAAUUGCCGAUUCCGUCCCCGAGAGGACGGCCAGCGUCACCAGUCGCGGAGGUUAUGGUAUCGCCCAGACCUCUCGUUGCGGCUCCGGUGACUCCCCCAACUGUGCGACCCAAGCCGCCGACAGUAUUGCCAACGGUACUGGUGAGGAAGUUAAGACCUCCUCCGACCGUUUCGCCGACGUUGCCGGCUGGGUUGCUGUUCUUGUUGCUGUUGUUGUUCAUGAUAGUAAAUUUGGUGUUUUAAUGGUGUGGUGUUUGUGUCUUGAGAUUUGUUUUGAGGCUUGA